GUGAGUCGGAGUUGGCGGACACCAUGCUGUCACCAGAGGCGGAGCGGGUGCUGCGGUACCUGGUGGAGGUGGAAGAGCUCGCCGAGGAGGUGCUGGCGGACAAGCGGCAGAUUGUGGACCUGGACACCAAAAGAAAUCAGAACCGGGAGGGCCUACGGGCCUUGCAGAAGGAUCUCAGCCUCUCUGAAGAUGUGAUGGUUUGCUUCGGGAACAUGUUUAUCAAGAUGUCUCAUUCUCAAACGAAGGAAAUGAUUGAGAAAGAUCAGGGUCAUCUGGAUAAAGAAAUAGAGAAACUCCGGAAACAACUUAAAGUGAAGGUUAACCGCCUCUUUGAGGCCCAAGGCAAACCAGAGUUGAAGGGUUUUAACCUGAACCCCCUCAACCAGGAUGAACUUAAAGCUCUCAAGAUCAUUUUAAAAGGAUGAAGCUUAAGAACCAUGAUGGGGGGACCUGUGACAGCAUCUCCCCCUGUGGUCAUGGAGGACCCAGGACUCUCCAGCUUCAUAACCUGCAAGGACAUGAUCUACACUGCUAGGAGAUUUGUGUCAGGAAUCUGAGCAUGAGAAGCCUCUGUCUGUGGGGAUUGUGACUUUGUGACGGCAGGAGGGAGCCCUCAGCCUGCCAGUGUCUGCUGGGUCUCACCAUUGGAGCUGGAUGGACACAAGACCCAUUGAUGGGCCUUGGCAGCCACCAGCGAUGGGCGGGGGCAGUGCCCGUGGGGGUGAGAAUGACCGCAGCAGGCACUUCUAACAAGGGCCUGCUGUUCAGAUGGGCCCCCAGCAGCAGCAGGGAGCAUCAUUCCUGCAUUCCUUUCAGGAACAGAGGCAUUCUCAAGCAGCAUGUAGUGGAAUUAGAGUAAAGCGGGAGGCUCACAGGUGGUUUCUGAAUGAAGGACAGAAUCUCGGUGCUUCAUAGGUCACCGCAGCCAUCUGUGGGACAGAUACGCCGUUCCCCACCACGGCCUCCGCUGUGGCCCUUUUUUCCUGCCUGCCCUUGGGACGGAGCCCAGAGCAGGUGCUGCAUAGCAGACUCGGCACCUGCUGUUGAGUCAGAAAGUCCUUGCGGAGUCCUGCGCUGGGGGUGGGGGAGGGAGCUGCCUCUUCACAUAGCUCUCCGCCGCCUCUGAAGGCAGGCCUGGGCUGGACUGCUCAGAGUUCCUGCCUGCCCUCCGUGCUCUCCGAUCCUGGGGUCAGUGUGCUGUGAGGGCAGCACUGUGUCUUUCAUGUUCACUGAGGGCUUAAUAAACGUUUCCUAACGGAAUGAACGGUA